UUUUCUGCAAUUGUCGCAUUUUCUUGCUUGCGUGAAUAAAUUUUGUGGGGGAAAAGUAUUAAAAUAUUCAAUUUACCAACGAUACACAUACAGUUUUGAUAAAAGUAACUUUAACUAUUGGCCAUUAGACUGUAAGAAGAUGACGGAAGCUGAAGAUGUCAGUGAAUUGCUGUUUUUCGACACUUUUUCCCAUGAGUCUGAUGCGGACAUAAAUUUGGAUCUAGUCCAAUUUCCCAAGCCAGUGUUCAUUACACAGGUUCGCAUUAUUCCUUUGGGUGCUCGCGUGCAGGCGGAUUUCCCGGGCGGGGUGCGCUUGGGUGCAACAAAUCCCUCAAAAUUUGACAUUGAGUUUUUUGUCAACGACUUGGGUAUGCCGGGAGCGUCGGCAUUUGAGAAUUUGGGCCAACUGCAGUACAAUCAAAAUGAUUGCAUUCAUUUGGAGUGCACACAAGAGAAAAUUCCCACCGAUGGCUUGGUACUUAGAGGUUGGUACAAUACCAUUACUUUGGCAGUUUAUGGCAUAUUGACAAAUUCCUUGACGGAGAAUAUUGCCAGCCCACCACCGGCACCAUGUGAACCUGAGGAAAUGGAGGAUAUAGCGGCUAGUAUUAGCGCGGAUGCCAGAAAUACUACUUUACAAGAUGAUGACAUGAAGGAGGAGUGGAAAGAACCAUUGCCUGGAGAAAUUCCUGUGACGCAUGGUAUCGAACGGGAAGAUUUGGAAUAUGAGGGUUUGCGAGUUAGAGGCAUUACAGCAACAGCUGGCGUGAGUGAACACUAUCGUAGAGAUUCGGGCGAGGAAAGGGAAAGACGUUUGCGUAAAUCCUCAAGGUCUUCCGAAAGAUCUCCCACCUCCUCACGCAAUCGCUGCCUAUCCGAAAGCAACGACCGUGAGUAUAUACGUUCAAGAGAUAGAGAGCGUGAGAGAGACCGUGAAAAGAAUAUGAGAGAUGAUUGGUCCAGAAGUCCAGUUUAUGGCCAUCGUUCGAGAAGGAAACGCUCAGAACGCUCUCGUUCCGAUAUUGAAGAGUCGCACAAGUGGCCGCGAACGCCACCUGCAUCGAUUGUCUCACCAGCAAGACCACGUUCGCCUGACUACAGCGAUGAGGAGGCAGCGGCCGCUCAUUAUAAAGCCAUGAAGGCACGCAAUUAUGGACGUAGAUCGUCCGAAUCGCUAGAUGCGCCGGCAAGUGCUCCUGAAAAUCCCGAUAGUAAUAUGCCAGAAGAGGAAGAAACUCCCGGCACACCUGUGGAACAAUAUGAGCCCAUAUUAAGUGACGAUGAAAUAUUAGACGACGAACCUGACGAUGAUUCCAAUGCCAAUGAUGAUCAGGCUCAGGCUGUCGAUGAAUUCGAACAGGAAAUACAAUUGGCAGCAAUCAGCGCUAAACCGGCAAUAAUUGACUUCAAUCCCUACACACAGCCAGUGCAAAAAUUCACCGAAAGCUCUUUCAAGCAACAUGAAAAAGACGUUGAAGUUUUCGAAACCCUGCUUCGAAAAUACGAACAUCAAACUAAAUGCGGAUGUCUGGAGGCUUUUAAAGAUGCCGCUACGAGUGCUGAAGAAAAGGAGAAUUUCGUUUACCUCUGCGAGCAGUUAAUAAAUCAGCUGUCCUUUGUGUCCCAAAACUAUAAACGAAGGAAUCAUGUUUUUAAGGAGCUAUUUGGAAAAACGGAAAAUCUAAAGCAGAUGUACCACAUCCUAAUGGUAGCCUUAGAUUUUGAGGCAGCUUGUUCGCAACCUCAGCCAGCCUUCAAAAUCAGACAUAUAAAAACGGGAGCACGACUUAUGGAACUGUUGGCAACCAGCUGCAGUCUAUUUGAAUAUCUGCUGCACACAGAAAACUAUGAUCCCUUCAAGGCCAUUUUGAUUUUGUACCAUCAGAAGUACAUGGCGUUGUCCAUAAAGCUGUUGCUGUUGAAAUCCAUAUACACACUUCUGGAUACAAAACCAGCAUUACAACACUUCCUUUCGCCUGCUGUGGAUGGCUAUCAACUUAUUUUAGAUUUGCUGCACAGUUCCAAAUUGACCCGCACCAAGUACUUUUUGCAAUCGCUAAUAAAGAAGCUGCACUUAAACGAGGCUUUGCUGACCAUAAGAGAAACCUGCACCAAUCUCUUUGUCUUGACCAACUAUGAGGCCUCGUCCAUGGAACCUUAUCGAAUGUUGGAGGCGGCCAUUUUACAAGUUAUAGAGGCAUUGCAAGAGAAUUGCCUGUCAUAUCAGCAACCUCGUCGGUUUUUGCCCGUAUCCAAAAAGUUUGAAAUUUCUGUGGACACCUCGGCAUUGAGAAGUUUCGCUCACUCUUUGAGAUCCUAUUUUAAUCAGCACGCUUUGGCAGAGUCACUGCUAUUGCUUUUAAGCAACAGCGAUUCCUUGCCUUCGUUUUUAUUGUUGGCAAGUUUGGAUUUGCUGCAAGCUUUGUUGUCUUCACAUAUUGGCAUUGAUUAUUUGGUGGAUGAUGGUUUUGAAGUCACUCAAAUGUUGGUGGCUAUUUUACUUGGCAUUGAAGAAGUGCCACCUGAGGUGGAGGAAGCCAACUUAGAGGUAGAUGAAGAAGAUAUUGCUAUGAAACCACCGGAAAGUGUUACUAAAAAUGAAGAGGAUAAAACGAGCUCACCGAAAACCACCGCAACGCCAGCUGAGUCUGCAACGCAGUCUGAAAGCGCUGAAAAAGAGACCAUUAACGAAUCGGAAAUCUUGGAAGACGAUAUGCAGAUUAUCUCGGACAAACCUUGUAGUCGUCCUUAUGAUCUUCAACUUACUAAAGCUGGCGUCGAGUUAUCCUACAAAAUUCAGUCACGUUAUCAUCUAGAUGCCAUUGUUUAUUAUUCAAACACCAGCGAACAUUACGACGUUGGUAUUUUGUCCAACCAUUUGCAUGCUCUCUACUCACAGACAUGCAAUACCGAGGGACGACAGUACACUGUGGAGGUUAUAGGGCUCAAUAGUAAUCUGCACAUAUUCAUGGACCUUAUUAAGCAGGAACAACGGUUUCAGGCCCAGAGACAAUUGUCCUCGCCUGGGGCUAAAUACAAAAGUCCUGUGCUCAGUUAUGCUGUAGACAUGGUGGAUUGUUGUGUGCGUUAUGCUGAAAAUUUGGAUUAUCUAAUAGAAUUUGGAAAGCGUAUUUUGGAAUUGGCCAAAAAUCACGAAACCUUUGAACCCUCAGUUUCUGCGGUGCUACAAGAGCUGUUUGUGCACUUGAAACCAUUGGAGGUGGCCAAUAUAUUUUCCUAUGAUGAUAUCACUCCUCUUGUUGAGAUCAUCGGUCGUUCUGCCGAAUAUGUCACCACUUUUCCUGGAGAUUUGAUAAUGGGCCUAAGAAUUUUGCGCCACUUGGCCAUUGGCCCCGUUACCAAACUAUUCAAAUCUGCCGAUACGGAAGAGCUUAAACAUCGUUAUGUGGCUUUGCAAUUUUAUGCUACCGAUGGCAUACAGACCAUGUUGCAGAUAUUGGAGAAGUUGUGCGCCUACUUUGAACAGCCAGGCUUGCAUUCACCAUCUCUGAUGACCCUACAAGGCACCUACUGCAUUCAGAUUAUGUUGCCUUCCUUGCAGAUUUUGCGCGAAAUGCUUUCGUUUGCCAUACAAUGCCGUGAUGUGGAAUUCAAAGACUUGACGGCCAUUGAUCAUUUAAUGCGAUCCUACUUUUUGCUGCACUAUUUUCCAAGCAGCAGUCCAGUUGCAGCAGAUGUGGCUAAAUGUAAACAUGAAAUAAUACAAACUUUGCUGGCCUACACGCAGCCCAAUGAACAGGACGAGGAGUUGCUGCAUAAAUCAUUGUGGACCCAAAUGAUUCGAGAGAUUUUAAAAAACAUCGAUAGUCCAUCGACUUUUAUACCUGGGCUACUUGUACUAGCUGAAUUGCUGCCGCUUCCUUUGCCCGUACCUCUACCUUUGGGUGAUUCUUCUGCGAAUCAGGAAAUAUUAAAGAGCAAAGCUCAGCGUUUGCUAACCGAACGUAAACUAUGGUCGGCUCAUCUACAUCCACAAGGAGCACAAAUUGCCCGACUUUUAGAAGCCAUGGCGCCGUCAUCAUUCCCUCAACUAAGUGAUCUGUUAACCCGUGUGUGUCUACAAUUGGCUGAUUUAGCCCCAAACAUGACGCUAUUGAUAUCUAAAACUCUAAGUGACUUGUUAACCAGCGAGUGGUCUAGUGUGGGACAACAACCUUCGGCUCAGCUAUCACGUUUACUGCAAUUCUAUGCACGUCUUAAUACUCACCCUGCUUUGAAAAUUUCCACACUCUCCAUACUUUCGGGCAAGCUAUGGGAUCUCUUUCAACAGCUGUUGACUCUUAAGAAUCCCACAGAGUUGGGCAUUAAAUGUCAACAUUCAGUUCAUCGCAUCUUGGAAAGUUUUUUAGAUACUGACAUCUCCUUUAUAUCCACCAAAUCCUUACUGACCAACAACAAUGCCAAUCCUUUGCUAAAUUUGGCCUCAGCUUUGCCCAACAAGGAAUUGAUACCCAAGAUGGUGGAGGCCAUAAUCACCAAUGUCAUGCAAACUGAUCUAAAGGAAGAAAUUUCAACCAUGGGAGUUCGAAAUUUGUUGAUGUUAACAGAUCACGAUAUAACCUUCUAUCAUCUGUCGCUGAUGUUGAAGCAAAAGAAAACCGAAUUCCAAGAAUGGCUUAAAAAGUUCAAUGGCAUUAAUGAACCGGCUUCAUACAGUGCCAUUGUUGAGGCUUUGAUACUAUUGCUGCGUGCUCUAAGCCAUAUUGAAGAUCUCAGUCAACAUUAUACGAAUCUGCCGCCUCGCACUUUGAAAUUGUCUGGCCAAGAAUUGGCCUUGAUAACCGCUUACAAUAGAGACGAUGAAAAAUCCCAUAUACUGGAACGCUUGUCGGUUUUAUUGGAAGCUUGCAGUCCAGGCGAAGAAGCUAAAUCUCUGAAGACCGACAUACAAGCGCUGAAGGAUAUGCUAAAAGCCGCCGAUUUGGCUUUAGCUGCUGGCAACGAAGAGGAGUCAACCGCCUCUGGCAAUGAUGCCACAAACUUAUCGGCACAACUAUGUGCCAAUGUUGAACCCAGUCUGCCCCAAACGGAAAGUAUUGUGACGCAGUAUGAUGCAAGGCCCAUAUUCACCACCUAUGAUGCAGUCACUGAUGAUAUGCUGCACAUGACCAGCGAUUAUUGGCUUCAAAUGCUGAACAUCGAUGAUCUAACGACCCAAGAUUUCGAGACACAAUAUGAGCGUAUCACAUGUGAUUUAACUGAGUUGGCCCAAAACUGCUUGACACCCGAAUGUAAUCUCUCGUCGGACUGCAAAAGGGUCUUACACCUGUCCGCCUCGCCACAAUCAAAUCGUGAGCGCACACCCACGGCGCCUUGCUUUAGGACCAGGCGUGUAGAGGUUGAACCCAGCACGGGAAGGCCGGAAAAGAAAAUCUUUAUUACCUCGAUGAGAGGCAGAGGCUAUGUAAGGCCUCCACCUUCCAGAGGAGAUUUGUUCCGCUCACGUCCCCCGAAUACCUCAAGACCACCGUCGCUGCAUGUUGAUGACUUUUUGGCACUGGAAACUUGUGGUGCACAACCCACCGGCCCCACAGGCUACAAUAAAAUUCCCCCCCUCAUGCGAGGCUCACGGGUGGGCCGUAGCCGUGGUUCAAGAAUUUCUGCGGUAGGAGCCUAUCGUAAGAAAACAAUUAUACGCACUAACUCUCCACUCACAUGGAAUGAGGGUGGGGGUCACUCACACUACCGCUCAUCCAGUGAGCAUUUUGGUUCAUCCUCGGGCGAACCUCACUAUGUCACCUCACAUUUCAGCGGCAGAAUUCGAGGCCGUGGCCUGCGAUCGCGACCCUACAUGCGUUGAAAAAGUUGCAAUUUCUUUUUUUAUUUCAGCUUAGCUUUUAUAUAUUUUCCUAAAUACAUGAACAAUUUCUUAUCUUAUAGAGUUUUAA